CUGCAAUAUGAAGCUGUCUCAGAUUCAGCCCGGCUGGUAUCUCUUCGCCUCUGCUGGUCCCGGGUGACGUUGAAUAACAAAGAUGGCAGCAGGAAGCAGCAACUACUGGGAAGAUCUGCGCAAGCAGGCUCGCCAGCUGGAGAAUGAGCUGGACCUGAAGCUGGUCUCCUUCAGCAAGCUGUGCACCAGUUACAGCAGCUCCAGGGAGGGGGGCCGCGACAGGUAUAGCUCUGACACCACCCCCCUCUUCAACUCCAGUCAAGACCGCAUGUUCGAGACCAUGGCUGUGGAGAUUGAGCAGCUCCUUGCGAAGCUGACGGGAGUAAACGACAAAAUGGCUGAGUACACCAACACAGCGGGAGUGACGUCCCUGAACGCAGCCCUGAUGCACACGCUACAGAGACACCGAGACAUCCUGCAGGAUUACACACACGAAUUCCACAAGACCAAAGGCAACUUCCUCGCUAUCCGGGAGAGAGAGGACCUAAUGGGAUCAGUACGGAAAGAUAUCGAGUCAUAUAAAAGUGGCUCAGGAGUGAACAACAGGAGGACAGAGCUGUUUCUGAAGGAACACGAGCACCUGCGGAACUCAGAUCGACUGAUAGACGACACAAUAAGCAUCGCCAUGGCAACAAAGGAGAACAUGACUUCCCAGCGAGGGAUACUGAAGUCGAUACAGAGCAGAGUCAACACUCUGGCCAAUCGCUUCCCGGCAAUCAACAGCUUGAUCCAGAGAGUAAACUUGAGGAAGAGGCGGGACUCGUUAAUCUUGGGCGGAGUCAUCGGAAUCUGCACCAUUUUGCUGCUGCUGUACGCUUUCCACUGACGGAAAGGAGUGCUGACCAACCGUAGGGCAGAGCUCCACAUCUGGGGGAGGGGCUUACAGCAGAGGGGGUGGAGACUGGAGACACUGUUCCCGGCCGAUUGGCCAUGAUCAUUGUAACACUGAUAUUGAAAACUUGGCCUUUUGAGGACUUCCAUAUUUAGGAAAACCUAUUGGGGAGGUGGGGGGGUUCACAACUUCAGCAGAAUUGAUUGUUGUCUGUUGCUGAAAGUUUUAGAACGAGAGACUGCCCUGCUGCUUACUGUAUGCUGUCUGUUUUAGUGGAUUUACCUGUUAAUACUAUAAUUCUGGAGCGGCGUCUUCACUGAAGAAGAUUUGAACAUAGAUUUAAAAACAUACAAUAUGCUACACAUUCUCCAAAAAAUGAGCAGCGCGUUAUUAAUUAUUAGACAGCUUCGAGUUUCUCUUUAAAAGGGAAUUUUCAUUGCAUAGUCAGUGUGUUGACUAAACUUUUAAAACCAGUUUUUUCCUUCUGUCUACAAUGUCCAGUCCAAAGUGAGUGGAGGUGUGACUGAUCCUGGCUCUUAUUUUCCAAAGGGGUCUUUAUCAACCAGGAUCCCAGGUUUGGACCAGGCACUGUAUGCUUAAAGCUAAAGCAGUGACACAGCAGCAUUCAAUCCCAUGCUUCUUAGUGCCACUGUGGCUUAUGGCUGUGCUGUAAUUAAGUUACCUAAAUUAGGAGCACACUCCAGAAUUGUGAAGGAAUCCAGUAGCAUUGACAUCUCCUCCCUACUCCCUAAUGGCCAGAAUAAUGUGUUUUGUUUUUGUUUUCCUAUAAUAGCUUUCUUUAAAAACUAAUUUUAAUAAAUGUAAUUUCAUGUAUUUAUGACAUCAAAAAAAAAAACAUCUUACUGUUUUCUCUUUUUGUUUAAUCAAGUGGUGGGGAAGGGGAAGGGGGGUGGAGGAGGAAACCAAAUGUAACAAACCAUCUGUACCAGGAAUUCACAGCCCUCCAGAUUUGUCAUGUCGUUUUGCUCUCAUGAGAUUUGAGUAUUUUAACCAGUCAUCUGGUCCCAUUGCACGAGAUGGAUUUUAUAAGUCAUGUCUUGCCAUGAACACCAUCUUAAGUUGUUUUUUCUUACUUGGCAUGCAGUGCCACGUGGUCACAGAUUUAUUGUAACUGCACUUUUUAAAAGUGAUUUCAGUAUUUCUGUUAAAGGGGCGGUACAGCGUUCUUCUGUAGAUUGCAGGGGACUUCCUUUGAUUUUCACUGAAGUGAAUUGGAGACAGUCCUGCAGGUAUGUGAAAGGCAAUGAGCAGUAAGGAAUGGAAUCUUCCAGCUUCUUUUGACAUGGUUCUCGUAUCAUGUAUGGAAUGCGCCUGUAGAUUAAUGGAGAUAAUGCUGACUGUAACCUUCCAAUUACGAGCCAUCAGAUUCGAGAAGAAUACUGUGAAAUCUGUCUAUUUAUUUGGCUGCUUUCAACAUUUUCUUUUUUUUUUGUACAGAAACUAUAGUUGAUGAACUGCAGGGACAUUUUCAUUUUUGCAAUAUUCAUUUAAAUACUGUAAUACUGCUCGUAAUGGCUAUUCUAUUUAUAAUUGAGUUUUUUUUCGUUUUUUUUUUUUUUUUUUUUACCUUGCAAGAGCUAAAAAGACAUUUCUGAUUUCAUUUCUUGCCAUGCAAAUUUUUGCAUACUUUUUAUUUUGGGGGGGAGAGGGGUGACUAAUUCCAAGCAUUUGUAGCUCUUAAAAUCUUGGUUAACCUGGGUCCAAAUUUCAUUGGUGUCCUGAGUAUACCUUACAGUAGAUAUCUCCAGUCAAGCAACGCAGCCCUUCUAAAAGCUUAUCGCAGUUCAAACAUAGCAAGUGUACCAAAGCAUAAUGACAGCACAGUAAAGCAUCGAUAAGCAUUGUGAAACAUAUAUAUAAAAAAAAAAAGAAAUAGUAAACUAUGGUAAAUGCACAGUCUAACCAAGGGCAAAGCCAUGUGUAAAUUAAGCGUAGUAAACUUUUAUAAGAGACUGAAGGAAUAGCCUUUCUGUGUCAGACUGAUCCUUUUAUUUAAAAGGACAAAGAUGGAUCUCCUCUGUGUUAUAAAUGUGCGCCUGUUUUAACUGUGCUUUCGUUUUAAAAGCCGAGCGUCCGGAUCAAGACAGCUGGCAGACAGAGUGCUGAUCACGACUGUCCUGACAGCUCUGUACUGAACCAGUGUCACUGGUAUUGGUUUAUCACAGCCUGGGCCUUUCUGUUAUGGUAUUAGUUCUAUUUUCAGAAGAAAUUCCCAGCUACAGGUCUGCGUUUAUACACAAAGUUUGGCUCUGGUCCAGUCAAGGUGGAUUUUGUCAUUUCACGCAAUUUGAAAAAGCACUUGAACCAGCUUUAAGGUUUUUGUAUGUGUAAAUACAAUUAUUGCUGUGAUCUUAUUCUAUUUGGUUUUCCAGCGGUGGAGGAAACCUUGCAGUCCUCACCAGAAUCAGAACAGUCGAUUCUCACAGACAAUUAGGACUGGGUUUGGGACACCUUUUGUUAAACUUGUACCAGGAAUGAUUCCGUCAUUUUCAAGAUUUUGUGAAAUGUUUAGGUUCUCUUAUUGGUUUUUCUUUUUUGUAAAUGGCUUUUAUCAUAGGUUUUGAUUUAUUUAAAAAUAAAUUAAAUGAAACUAAUUACUGUUCUCUGUCUGAGUUAAGGGAUCUCACAGUGUAUCAAUGGACCUGCUUAUUGUGGUACAGAACUACAUUGUUAAUAAUUACAUUUCAUACUGUCUACAGCCAGAAAGCAAGUGUGCUGCUUAUUGUGCUCCACAAUAUAUAUUUACUUGCCUUUAUAACCUGUUUACUUGUGUACUGUACAGAAAAUCAGAGAAGAACAUAUUUAACUUUGAUUAAACAUCAGAGGACAGUGAUUGUGGAACAAGAAGUGAAAAACCCUUUCUGCUGGAAAGUCUUCCCCUGUUGUCACUACGUGUUAGUGAGAAAUGAUGGAAAGUGUUACCAGAUCCCAGCACGAAGCUGGAAGUUUUCAAUUAGCAUGAACCUUCUCUGAACUUUGUUCCCAGAUAAGGUGCUGAGAAGGCAGUGUCUGAGCGAAGAAUCAGAUUGAAGAUCUUGUACCGUUUCCUCUGCCAUCUAUUAUUCAUGAGAGCAUCAGCCACAGAAAUGAAUAGAGGAGGAGGGGGGGCAGGCGGGGGGUGCUGUGCAUGUAUGUGUGUCGUGUUGGAAAGGGUACUUUUUAAAACCCAGGUUGUGAAAGAGUUUGCAUAUUAAAAGGCUAUCUAUACCUUGAGAUUGUGCUAAAAGUGUAGGUCAGGAUUAAUUGCUUCAAUUAAACCAUUUAGAUCAGGGUUGGAACAAAGACCAGGAGUGGAUAGGCCAAUUCUGACCACCCCUGGUGUCGGUAGAAAGAGAAUAGGGAUCCUGUGUGCAGUGACUAAGUAUGGCCACCGAGGGGCACUGUGGGCCAUCCAAAAAUAAACUGUUACGAUCUAAGAAGUAAAGGUAAAUACAUCUUUGUAAUUCAUUCAAUACAGGGUUAAAGGGGUUGUAGCCAUGAUGUCUGCUGUGCUUCUAAAUACAUUUCUUUGUUAUUGUUCGUGCCGAUGCACACAGGUUUUCUUAAAGCUGCCGUUAUUCUGGUGAGCGAGGGACCCACAGUCUCGCUCGCUUGAACACACCCCUCCCCCUUUCCCUAGCACAGUCACGACUCAGUCAACACAGCUCAGUGACCAUGCAUGGUAACAUUUAUUCCAGUCAUGCGGAAGGUACACAAAUAAAAAUUAUACAGUCACUUUUCAACUGACGCAUAGAACAGUAUUAGGAGAACAGAUUUAGGCAACCCACCCCAAAUGAAAGGACAGAGUUUAUAGUGGAGUUACCAGCUGACCAUGCUGCUGUGUAGGAAACAAACACAUUGCUCAUAAAGAUCCUGCUGACACGCUGUCACUGCACACCCAAAACGAAACGGAUACACUACAGGUACAGAUGCAAUACAUGUACUGAGAGAGGCCAGCCUGGGUUUGGGAUUUUGUGGUUGGUUUGCACCAGUCCAUAUUGCACAAGCAUUCAGGCUUUAAACAUGUUACUUAGGUUUGAUGCUGACCUUCAUGGCAACUUUUCAUAGAAUUAUGAUUACUGGAAUAUAUCAAAUCAGCAUGUUCUAUGGCGACAUGGAAUCAUAUUUUCUAGCACAGCAGUGUUUUGCAUGCCUUUUCAAUUCAGAUGUUAAACUCUUAAAGUGAAAGUGUUUGGGCAUUUUUCUAACACUGCAGUGCAAUACGCUUCAGGUCUCUUACAUAUUAGGAUCAAACCCAUUGCCCCACCAAACCCUACAGUCAGAGUAAUUAUAAUAAUUAAUAAUACACACCUAAGUGUGUUACCUAUACACUGUGGCUAAUCAAGCUUGUAUUAAAACCUGCCACGACUGCUA